AUGCCAACAGGGUCAACCCAGGGAUGGCCUACACUUGUCAUCGAAACAGGAAUCUCCGAAUCGCUGCCCAGGCUGCGUAACGAUGCCAACUGGUGGUUCAACAACUCCAGCGGUGCAGUACGAAUCGUCCUUGUCAUCGCUGUCAGCAAGGCCAGGAAAGAAAUAACCAUUGAGAAAUGGCAGCUUUUGCCGCCAAAUACCCCAAUCCCAGUGACUCGUGCUACACUGAAUCAUAUCCGCCAGCAAUUGCCGGCUCCAAUGCCUCCUCGUGUUCACCAGGCAGCAGGAAACCAGCGCUCUUAUAAUGCGCAAGUCGUCAAGAUAGAUGUCGAUAAUAUCACAGGGGCACCCUUGGUUCUUCCAUUCCGUGCAUUAUUUGAUCGUCAGCCGCGGGGAAAUGAAGCGGAUGUUGUUUUGGGGAAGACAGAGCUGAGAUACUGUGCGCGUGUUGUUUGA